AUGGCUUCUAGAGCAAUCUUGAGGAGGAGGAAAUCUAUUUCUGAUUAUCUGAAUUUCUCUGCUCGAUCGAUUCAAUGUUUCCAAAAUUUGUGUCAUGGGCAAUCUACUCAGUAUUCAGAGUUUCACAGUAAAAGUCCUGUUGGAAAUCACGAUCUAGAUAACAAAAAAGAUGGUGCUGGAGUUUUACUGGCAAAUGAGGAAGUACUCAAAUUUUCAGCACUUGCACUCUUUAGGCGUGGAUAUUGUGGAAUUAAGAUAUCUGGUUAUGGGAAUGGAAGAUUGCAGUUUGUUUCCCCCAUGGAGGUCAGGUUGAUGUCACAAGCCAUACGUUAUGCUUCCACAGCCACUGCAGGUCGACCUGAUUUGGGUAGCGACGAUGAGGGAAAUGAGGAUUUGGUUGCUAAAAGGAGAAAGGAAGCAUCUCCGGAGGAAUGUGAUCAGGCAGUUGAAGGUCUGAGUACGGCAAAGGCCAAAGCAAAAGUGAAACGCUCACAGGAGUCUCAAAAAGUUGCUAAAUCUCUUCUACAAAGAGUAUGGGCCACAUUUUUUGGGAUUGGUCCAGCUUUGAGGGCUGUAGCUUCUAUGAGCAAGGAAGACUGGGCACGGAAACUUCUUCAUUGGAAGCAUGAAGUUGUAUCAACUUUGCAACAUUACUGGUUGGGCUUUAAGCUUCUGUGGGCUGAUGUGAGGAUCAGUUCAAGAUUGCUGCUAAAACUUGCUGGUGGGAAGAGUCUCUCUAGGAGGGAGAGGCAACAGCUUACACGAACCACGGCUGAUAUUUUCAGGCUGGUUCCUUUUGCAGUAUUUAUUAUAGUUCCUUUCAUGGAAUUCUUGCUGCCGGUAUUCCUGAAGUUAUUUCCCAACAUGUUGCCCUCAACCUUUCAGGACAAGAUGAAAGAACAGGUACUGAUUCAAUUGGUCUGA